AUGGAUUUCCAAAUGUCAUCAUCUAAGGCAGCCACUUCAAGAGACCAACUACCCCUCACCUCUGUGCCACCAUUAAGAAAUGCAGACAUCCACCACUCUGUCCUUCGUUGCCAAAACGCAUCUGGAGCAGAGCAGCAGCCACAGGAUCCCACAUCUAUUAGCCAAGCUAUAGCCCACCCAACUUGUGACAGUUCUCGAAAUAAAAUCCGGCUGAGUGGUGCCCUAUUCUCGCUCCUGCUUUGUCUCUUCCUAGCGGCACUCGACUUUACUAUUGCUACCAGUGCAAUCCCAACAAUUGUGUCUUCCUUCCACUCUGGACGGAGCUAUGUGUGGAUCGGCUCCGCGUACCAACUGGCCAGCGCUGCGUCGACGCCCAUCUGGGGAAAUCUGUCAGAUAUCUGGGGACGUAAAGCCAUCCUACUGCUCGCCAUUUUCAUCUUUGCGAUUGGAUCGAUUAUCUGUGCGGCUGCCACCAUGAUGGGGAUGAUGCUAACAGGCCGAUCGAUUCAAGGUGCUGCAGCUGGCGGAAUAGUGAUUUUGGUGAAUAUCUGCAUUAGUGACUUGUUUACUGAAAGAGAACGAGGAUUUUAUCUUGGGCUGACUGGCGUCGUAUGGGGACUUGCCAGCGGCAUUGGCCCUCUUGCUGGAGGUGCGUUUUCCGAGUACGUUUCCUGGCGCUGGAACUGGUGGAUCAACCUUCCCUGUUGCGGAGUCUCGUUUGUUGUUCUGUUCUUCUGCCUCGACCACGUUCGUGAGAGACAAGCGGGAAUCAGCAGCGGCUUGCGGCAAGUCGACUGGCUGGGGACUCUGGCCGUCACCGGUUUAACAACCAUGUCUCUUCUGGGUCUAAACAUUGGGGGCUUCACAAUGGCGGCUUUCGUGGUCUACGAAGCGAAGAUCAUAUCCGAGGAGAAGGCUUUGAUCCCAAUGCGCAUUCUACGACGUCUUUCCAACAAUGCGUCCUUACUUGUCUGCUUCAUGCAUGGAUCUGUCAACGUUUCGUCCUGGUACUUUCUUCCACUAUACUUUCAAUCCAGCCGCUCCCUGACACCUCUUCAAUCCGGCCUUCUCCUCAUGCCAAUGACCGUCAUCCAGGCUGUGACGGGAUUCAUUGCUGGCUUUAUCAUUCGCCGCACCGGUCGAUAUCUCCCGUUGAUCUAUCUCGGUAUGACAUUUCAGCUGCCUCACAGAUUCAGUCAACAAGAUACUCACUUCUUGGAACCCGAAAAGGACGCCUCAGAGUGA